AUGGCAACACCAAACCCCUUCCUUCUUGCUGCAGACAACAACCCUUCUCUGCUGCCCCUCCUUCGCGAGAACCCAGCUCUGGCGUCAUCGCAGGAUGAACAUGGCUAUUCUCUGGUCCAUGCUGCUGCCAGCUACAACCACCUUGACCUUCUACGCAAGCUUGUUGGAGAGUUCAAAGUUGACGUAGACUUGAGGGACGAGGAUGACGAGACUGCAUUAUUUGUUGUCGAGACUCAAGAUGCGGCCCAAGUCCUUGUUGAAGAGCUCGGCGCAAACAUCAACCACCGAGGUUCCGAAGGAUUGACAGCCAAGGAGAAAAUCGAGGCUGAAGGCGAUUUCCCUGCCGUCGCGGAGUACCUAUCGACAAUCGAAGCCAAGGAAGCCGACGAUCCUGCCACGACUGCCGCCGCUGUGAUGCCCGAAGCCAUCCCUCCACCUCCAGAGGGCAUGAAGGUUACAGUAGGAACUAUGGAUGAGACCGCAGACAUCCCGGAAGAGAUUGACCCAGAGUUUCGAAGAAGAAUUGAAGAACUAGCUCAGCGUGACGAUUUCAAUACCCCUCAAGGCCAAACCGAACUUCGCAAAUUGGUCGAAGAUGCGAUUCUUGGAGAGGGCGGGGUCGGCGACGAACGAAACGUGCGAUCAAAGCAGGACUAG